UUCCUGGUCCCAUUGAGAAUCCAGGUUUAUAUCUUGCGGUGAAAAUUCGGCGAUCAAGCUAAAAGAAUUUGCUUUUCACACCACACGGGUUGUUGCGGAAGAUUUGACAGCAGCGUGUCCAGGGCCGCCGCAUACCUGAGCAGGACAGACCCUGGACGCGCCUGGAUCUGCUUGUUUACGGCGCUACCAUGUCAUGAAUGUCGGGCGGUCAAGGUCCACGAUCCAGAUGUGGCAGCGGGACUCCUUCAUCACACUGCUUAUGCUCUCCGUUUCUAACCUGGAUCAAUUCUGAACGAAACGUCUUCCUUUUUUCUUUUCCGUUCCUAUUUUCGCGUUUUGCAUGUGUGUGCGUUUUGAAAGCCGAUGUUGGACAUUUUCGUCGCUGGAAAAGGACGGUUUGCGAAUUCCACGAGAUAAUUUUACUUCGCUUUUAAUAGCAGAUCAAUACAUCAUAUACAUAAAUACGUAAUAUGUAGAAAUGUAUUUUCCUUAACCUUAGGAAGCAGACGGCGCUUUAAAGCCCGCUGAACAUGUGAAACCCCGAUUAACAGGAUGGCUUUGUAUUUGUGCGCGUCACACGGCCAAAGGUUCGCUCAGAUCCGUCCAGUUCUGGAGGAAAUGUUUUCUUUUUUGGAGUUUCCCGAAAUUUAGUUAUACGGCGUAAUUAUAAUCGAUAUCUGCUUCACUCUCUAUUACAGUGACUAAUGAAUAUUUCGCCUGAUAUCUACUGAGUUACCGGAGGAGCGUUAAUACUCUGCUGCAGUGAUUUGAACAAAGACUGAAUUCAGUGUCUAAUAAUCGCUGGCCUGACAUCAAAUGAUCAUUAUGUCGGCGGUAAUGAUUGCGAAGAAGGUCACUCGAAAGUGGGAAAAACUCCCAGGGAAGAAUAGUUUCUGCUGCGACGGACGCGUGAUGAUGGCUCGCCAGAAAGGCGUGUUCUACCUGACGCUGUUUCUGAUCACGGGGACCUGCGCUCUCUUCUUCGCAUUCGAGUGCCCGUACCUAGCUGUGCACCUGUCUGCGGCCGUGCCCGUAUGCGCCGUGAUUCUCUUCCUCUUUGUCAUGGCCAUGCUGUUACGGACCAGCUUCAGCGACCCGGGCGUGCUGCCCCGGGCCCUGCCUGAGGAAGCCAGCUUCAUCGAGAUGGAGAUCGAGGCAGCCAACGGCAGUGUUCCGGCUGGCCAGCGGCCGCCGCCCCGGAUCAGGAACGUGCAGAUCAACAACCAGAUCGUCAAGCUGAAAUACUGCUACACCUGCAAGAUCUUCCGGCCUCCACGCGCCUCGCACUGCAGCAUCUGCGACAACUGCGUGGAUCGCUUCGACCAUCACUGCCCAUGGGUGGGUAACUGCGUAGGGAAGAGGAACUACCGCUACUUCUACCUGUUCACGCUCUCUCUCUCGCUCCUCACCAUCUACAUUUUCACCUUCGACAUCGUCCACGUCACACUGCGCUCAGUGGAUUCUGGAUUUGUCAACACUCUUAAGGAAACCCCUGGGACUGUUGUGGAGGUCUUGGUGUGUUUCUUCACGCUCUGGUCUGUGGUGGGACUCACUGGCUUCCACACGUACCUCAUCUCUCUGAACCAGACCACCAACGAAGACAUAAAAGGUUCGUGGUCGGGGAAGAACCGGGUUCAGAACCCAUACAGUCACAAGAACAUUGUGAAGAACUGCUGUGAGGUGCUGUGUGGACCCACCUACCCAAGUGUGUUGGACAGAAGGGGGGUGAUGCUGGAGUCUUCUGGCUCCACCCCUUGCAAAACUUCAGAUGUCACAGCCGCCACGGCCAACACAGUGACGCCCAAUGAGAAAACCACUUCCCCUCUGAUCCCCAACGAACACUCCCCCGACGAGGCCCCGCCCAGCAUAGCCACGACUGGCCACGACACUGCCACCAGCAUCCCUGAAGAGGAGGAUGCAACCGGCCCGAACGGGUCCGCACCCAAAGCCCCGCCCACAACCAUCCUCGUCAAGGAGUCUUCCCACUAGACCUUCGCCGCAGCCGCCCAACGCCCCCCCCAUCGAGGAGUGCGUGCGUAUGAACGGUCUGGAGAACGGUGGGAGAGACUCAAUCAAGAGGCCACGUGUGGAUCCUGUCACCACCCUUCCUCUAUCACUGAAAUGCUGCAUGACCACUGGGGUUUCUCUGAUUGGCUGUCUGCGAUGCUUUUCUUCCAGUGGCGUUACCUGUUUCUGAACGGCCAUUUCCUGCCCCUCCUGUGCUCCUGGCGCAGACCGAUGCACAUGCCAUUCUAGAGUCUGAUUCUAGAUUCUGUAGUACUUUGUGCAACAGGUGCCGCGCAAUAUCGACUCCUCUGGGGUGAUUUCUGAAGGGUGCGAAACGGAACAGUUACCUGUAUAUUAGCAACUCAUGCACAGACUGCACAACAGAGCAUAUGGAGUCAUUAACAGGUCACGCUCCCAAAAAGCACUGCGGGCCAGUUUUUUGUAGUUGAUAUUUCAGUCAGUGAGUUAUAGUCGUGCUUCAUUCUGGUUUUGUUUCUUUUAAAUAUCGAAUGUCCACUGAUGUCACUGAAGUCCAAUAGUGAUGCUUUAAAGGGUGUCCGUGUGAGCAUGACAAGAAAUACAAGAUGUUUCAGGUCAGUGAAGGGAAGCCCCUCCUACACUGUGUGUGUGUGUGUGCGUGGUUGUGUGGGCGUGGUUGUGUGUGUGUGCGUGGUUGUGUGUGCGUGGU